AUGACGGCACGUGGAAGUGAUACCCAACUCAAUCACAAACUUCACCUCUGGUAUCAAAACUCUCCAGACCUCGACCACAAUAAUCCAGUCGGAAUGGCUAUUGAAAACUUCCCUUCUCUUACCGUAGAAGAGUUCUCAGAAGCAUGCCAUCACCUUGACAGACAAUACUGCCAAGCGUCUUUGGGCCCCCAACGAGCACGGUGGAAGCUGAGGCUCUGCAAUGCUCUUUGCACAGACUUCGCCUAUGGUGGGGGUUUCACAACAUAUAUCCAAAUAAGGCGGCCUCUUGAGUUUAAUCUAGAUCAUGGAGAUCUUUCACUAGAUUUGGAUGGAUUCUCCUUCUCAGACGACAAAACGCAUAUACCAAUAGGUGGGGAUAAGGAUAUGUUAGAUGCUGAAGAAGCAGACGAGGCCGCUCUAAUCAGACAACGAACUCGCCCAGAAGUUGCCAUGGUGGAGUAUGAAAUUCACCUUCACCCCACGUAUCGUGUGCCAUGUCUAUGGUUCAAUCUACGCAACCUACCUGCCGAUGAGCCAGCAUUCAACAUUGACACUGUCUUUCGCCGCCUUGUACCAGACGAGUACAAGGCCGGGCUUCGGGCACUGGGCAAUGUAGGCGGUAUUUCGGCCGAUCACCACCCUAUCACGGGCGUCCCAUCCUUCUUUGUCCACCCCUGCUUGCUGGGAGACGCAAUUUCCAAAUUCGAGUGCGACAGGACGAACUAUCUCAUGAUAUGGCUCGGACUUGUAGGAGGUUGCGUAGGGCUAUGGGUCCCUAAAGAAAUGGCAAUGCAGUAGCGUAUCGAUUGCGUCUCUCAGAAAUGUCGCCGACCUUCAUGGGUUCAUUCUUGCUCAUCAAUCAUCAUCACUGUCCUCCUCCAUGGCAACAUCCGAAUCACUAUCCUCAUCGUCACGGGUUCGCUUCUGUCCUCGGCCACCUGGUGUAUCGGCGUCUUCCAUAACGUGGUCCGCGUUCACAGCAGGCUUCGCAGGAAGACCAGAGCCGGGCGUCGGUGCCGGCGCUGAACCGGGAGGGGGAGCGUUGAAGAUGCUCUGUUGCAGUUCAGUCUGCUCGACGUUGGUGGCACCUGCGACAUUAGGGAUCUUGAAAGUGCCGUCGAGUUUAGCCACAAAGUUGGACUUGGACUUCGCAUAUUGUAUUUUCUGGCGAACGAGUUAGGCUGAUUCCACCACCACGGAAAGGCUCCACUGACCAAGUCGCGACCGAGGAAUGUUUGUCCCUCAAGAGAUCUCAUAGCUUGUGUAGCAGACUGAACGUCCCGAAAUACGAUAUGGGCCUGACCGCGCAUCUUCAUUGUCUUAAGAGCGACAACGUCGAGGACAGGUCCGUAUGUGGAGAAGAGUAGGUAGAGGGCGGUUCGCAGGUCGGCUUUCUGGAUUUUCGAGGAGGGGAGAUUCGUUACGUAGAGACUGAGGAGUCAGCACGACUUGAGAAGGUGCAGGGCAGUGCAGGGCAGUAAAAGACUCACGUUUGAUUAGGAGGAAUAGGUUGAACCUUGGCUGGUAAAGAUGCGUUUGGUUGAAGACCACGAGGCGCGGUUGUUACAGCGGCCAUUGUGGUAGUUGAACAGACGUCGGUGGUUCUAUGUUGAUAAUCGAUGUGUCGCAAUCGAAAGUUCGGCACUUUUCCGGUACUGGUUAUACCAAGACUGUGGUAUUGAUAAUGGGCG